AUGCCUGUCUCUUCCACUUACCCAACAAUCGACAUUCCCAACAUCGACCUCUGGUCCUUCCUGUUCGAGCGCAAGGACAGGCCAUUCCCUGAUGACAAGAUCCUCUACCAGGAUGCCGAUACCCAGCGACACUACACCUACAAGUCCUUGAAGGAUGCCUCCCUCGAGUUUGGAAAAGGCCUGAAGGCCACCUACGACUGGCACAAGGGUGAUGUUCUGGCUCUCUUCACCCCAAACAGCAUCGACACUCCGGUGCUCAUGUGGGGUACGCUUUGGGCGGGCGGCAUUGUCUCCCCGGCCAACCCCGCCUACACCGUCGAUGAGCUGGCCUUUCAGCUGAAGAACUCAGGCGCCAAGGCGCUCGCGACCCAAGCUUCGCUGCUGUCGGUGGCGACGGCAGCCGCAAAGAAGGUCGGCAUUCGGGAAGACCACAUUAUCCUCCUGGGUGACCAGCGGGACCCGGAUGCCCGGUACAAGCACUUCACCUCUGUUCGAAAUAUCUCCCGCGCCACCCGGUAUCGCAGACAGAAGGUUGUCCCCGACUCUGAUUUGGCUUUCCUGGUCUACUCUUCUGGUACCACCGGCGUGCCGAAGGGUGUUAUGCUGUCGCACAGGAAUAUUGUGGCCAAUGUUUUGCAGCAAGUCACCGGCGAAGGCGGAAAUCUUAGCUGGAAUGGAGGUCCAGAUGGGAAGGGUGACCGUGUUCUAGCGUUUUUGCCAUUUUAUCACAUUUAUGGAUUGACCUGCUUGCUCACCCUAGCCCUAUACAAGGGCUACCACCUUAUCGCCAUGGCGAAGUUUGAUAUUGAAAAAUGGUGCGCACAUGUGCAAAACUAUCGUGUGACAUUCAGUUAUAUUGUGCCCCCAGUGGUGCUUCUGUUGGGCAAACACCCUGUGGUCGACAAGUACGACCUCUCAAGUCUGCGGAUGAUGAACUCUGGCGCGGCGCCCCUCACCCAGGAGCUGGUGGAGAACGUGUACGCUCGUAUCAAGGUGGGAAUCAAGCAAGGUUAUGGCCUGAGCGAGACCAGUCCUACCACACACUCGCAACGGUGGGAGGAUUGGCGAGAGCACAUUGGCUCCGUCGGCCGCAUGAUGCCUAACAUGGAGGCCAAGUAUAUGACAAUGCCCGAGGACGGCUCUGAGCCUCGUGAGGUUGCCACUGGCGAGGUUGGCGAGCUUUCUGUUCGUGGUCCUAAUGUUUUCCUGGGCUACCACCAGAACCCAACCGCCACUCGGGAGUGUCUGUCGGAGGAUGGCUGGUUCCGCACGGGUGAUGUCGGUUACCAAGAUGCCCAAGGCAACUUCUUCAUUACGGAUCGUGUGAAGGAGCUGAUCAAAUACAAGGGCUUUCAGGUGCCCCCCGCUGAGCUCGAGGGCCUCCUGGUGGACAACGAGGCCAUCGAUGAUGUCGCUGUGAUUGGCAUCGAAAGCGACGCUCACGGCUCCGAAGUGCCACUGGCUUGCGUGGUCCGCAGCUCGAAGAGCAAGGCUUCAGGUGCGAGCGAGACGGAAGAAGCCGCCAAUAUCGUGCGCUGGCUGGACAGCAAGGUUGCGCACCACAAGCGCCUGCGUGGUGGUGUUCAAUUCGUGGAUCAGGUCCCCAAGAACCCCAGUGGGAAGAUCCUGCGUCGUAUACUGAAGCAGCAGUUCAAAGACUUGGCAAAGGGCCCCAGGGCAAAGCUAUAG